UGGUCAUGAGAUUAUGCACAUGUACGACGUAUUGGGCAUAACAUACGACGAAAAUGCCCAGAAGGGACUCUGGUUAACACCACAGUUCAUAGCGGAAUACGGAAAAAGGGCGGUCUGUGUGCGGCGAUCGAAUAUAGAGCUCAGAAAGAAGGUGGCCCGGCAGGCGAUGGCAAACGAUUUUCUCGACUCGGAGAACCUGGCCGACUUCGUUGGCACCGCAGCAUCGUACUCGGCGUAUGCUUUGUUGCCGCCUUCCCAACGGCAGAAGACGCUUUUGGGUCUCAACAUAACGGCCGAACGACUGUUCUUUAUCAACCACUGCGUCAAGUAUUGCAACCGGUAUAGCGACACUGAUACCGAGCGCCAUUCUCCAUUCCACGUCCGCUGCGAGGUGCCACUUAUGCACAUGCCAGAAUUCUCGGCCGCCUUCCAGUGCGCGCCGGGGUCGCAUAUGAACCCAAAGACCAAGUGUGCCUUCUGGUCGUGAAAGGAUGACACUGGUCGGCGUAG